AUGAGGCACCUGCCGUACUUCUGCCGCGGCCAGGUGGUGCGGUUCGGUCGCGGCCCCAAGCACCUGGGCAUUCCUACAGCUAACUUUCCUGAACAAGUAGUAGAUAAUCUUCCGGCUGAUGCAUCCACUGGCGUAUAUCAUGGUUGGGCCAGUGAUGGAAGUGUAGACGUCCAUAAGAUGGUGGUGAGCAUAGGAUGGAACCCAUACUACAAGAAUACAAAAAAGUCCAUGGAAGCUCAUAUCAUGCAUACUUUCAAAGAGGAAUUCUAUGGGGAAAUUCUUGCUACCUCAGAUCAGAAAAGAACUGAUUCUUUAGAGUCACUUAUUUCAGCAAUUCAAGGUGAUACUGAGGAAGCUAAGAAAUGACUAGAUUUACCAGAACAUUUGAAACUCAAAGAAGACAAUUUCUUCCAGGUUCCUAAAAGCAAAACAAUGAAUGGCCACUGAUGGAAAAGCAUCUUAUUUAUUCAUUCACUGUUUUCUAAUAUUUUACUGCUCAUAACUCUACAGUCUCAUCUUGGUUAUAUUUUAAAAAUCAAACAUUUUCCUACAGCUGUGAAUUAAACAGUCCAAUGUAGUUACCAUAUUAUGUUCCAGCUGUUCAACUAAACCCACCAUGUUACAGGACUAAAAAGGUUCAUUUUAAAAAUCAAGAUGCUUUUUUAUGUAAUAUGUUGAUUAAAAUGUACCACUAGAAAGGCCUUAAGUGUUUUACAAUGGGAAUGAAAUAUAUAUAAAUAUGGGUAACAGGCAAGUCACUAGCUUGAGAUGAGAACUGUAACUCUCACGGUAAAGUUCUAGCAUGCAUGUGCCUGUAUAGCAUGCUCUG